AUGGCCAAGAGACAUGCUCAAGCUGCCGCGCAGAAGUACUAUCUUCCCCCGACCAAAUUAAUCCCGAACUCGCAAUAUCCACUUCUCUAUUAUCCCGGCAUAUUGUCCCCGGAUUCAAAGUCGAUCGCUUCUCAGUUCUACGACCUUCUAUCUAGCAAUGGUUGGGAGGCACAGUGGAUCUUCCGCUAUGGCCAGACACAAGAUUCUCACUACCAUUCCUCAUGCCACGAGUGCAUGGUUGUGCUCACAGGCAACGCGACCAUCCGGCUCGGCGUUGCCGAUACAAGCGAAGACAUGAACGAGAAUACCUAUGGCUCGGGCAAAGAGGAUGGAGGCAUCGAGCUCAAGGUCAAGGCGGGUGACGUGAUUCUCAUCCCCGCUGGCGUCGCCCACAAGACCUAUGACGCGAAGCCCGAUGACGAGUUCAAGCUGAUGUCUCCUGGCAACGGCCACGGCCUACCUCCAGGCUCACGAGAGAAGCUGGACGAAAUCAAUCUAACUGGGUUCACGAUGAUGGGAUCCUACCCGGCGGAAGCAAAGGAAUGGGAUUUUGCAGUUGGGGGUGAGGGAGCUUCAGCUUACGCGAAACUUGAUCCGGUGCUGGGACGUUCGGAUGAUGGAUUGGUUGGCCUUUGGAAACAGACAUCAUCUCAUGUGCCAGCACAAGGAAAGGUUCCAUCCAAGCUAUGA